GGAGCGCGGGCCCGCCCCGAGGCCGCUGGAAAAGUUUGCGCCCCGGCGCGCGCGCAGAGGCUGAGCCAGCCGGUCCGUGGACACGCGACGGGGACGCGGCGCCAGCGCGGUGGCAGGACGAGCGCGGGCGGGACCCCCGGCCGGAGUGCGACCCCCCCCCCAUCCCCGCCCCAGGACUGCCCCGCUGCCCCGGUCCAGGCCGCUGGGAGCGGAGGAGGGGUCGCCGGGACGCGGGCGGCCCCAGUGCCCUCCCCAGACGGAGGCGCCUGCUCUCCAUGCCCUGGCCGGGGUCCCGCCCGGGGCCACCUCCGAAGCCUGAGCCGGGUUGGUUUCUCUGGAAAUGGACGUGCCCAGGGCGCCCUCUGGUGGCUCCCGGAGCUGAGCCUCGGUGAGCCCCGGCGGCGAUGGCGGCCGCGGUCCUCGCGCCGCACCUCAGGCCCUCCCCCGGGAACGAGACCCUGCACCAGCACUACAACUACGUGGGCAAGCUGGAGGGCAGGCUGAAGGAGGCCCCCGAGGGCAGCACGCUGACCACCGUGCUGUUCCUGGUCAUUUGCAGCUUCAUCGUGCUGGAGAACCUCAUGGUUUUGAUCGCCAUCUGGAGAAACAAUAAGUUCCACAACCGCAUGUACUUUUUCAUCGGCAACCUGGCCCUCUGUGACCUGCUGGCCGGCAUCGCCUACAAGGUCAACAUCCUGAUGUCGGGCAAGCGGACGCUGAGCCUGUCCCCGACGGUCUGGUUCCUGCGGGAAGGAAGCAUGUUUGUGGCCCUCGGGGCAUCCACCUGCAGCUUGCUGGCCAUCGCCAUCGAGCGGCACCUGACGAUGAUCAAGAUGCGGCCGUACGACGCCAACAAGAAGCACCGCGUGUUUCUUCUGAUCGGGAUGUGCUGGCUCAUCGCGCUCUCGCUGGGCGCCUUGCCCAUCCUGGGCUGGAACUGUGUGCACGACCUCCCCGACUGUUCCACCAUCCUGCCCCUCUACUCCAAGAAGUACAUCGCGUUCUGUAUCAGCAUCUUCACGGCCAUCCUGGUGACCAUCGUCAUCCUGUACGCCCGCAUCUACUUCCUGGUGAAGUCCAGCAGCCGCAGGGUGGCCAGCCCCCACAACUCGGAGCGCUCCAUGGCCCUGCUGCGGACCGUGGUCAUCGUGGUGAGCGUGUUCAUCGCCUGCUGGUCCCCACUCUUCAUCCUCUUCCUCGUCGACGUGGCCUGCAGGGUGAAGGAGUGCGCCGUCCUGUUCAAGGCCCAGUGGUUCAUCAUGCUGGCCGUGCUCAACUCCGCCAUGAACCCCGUCAUCUACACGCUGGCCAGCAAGGAGAUGCGGCGGGCUUUCUUCCGGCUGGUCUGUACCUGCCUGGUCCGGGGCCGUGGCGCCCGCUCCUCGCCCACCCAGCCUGCCCUCGAUCCCAGCAGAAGCAAGUCCAGCGGCAGCAACAACAGCAGCCCCUCGCCAAAGAGCAAGGAAGACCCUCCCCAGAGAGUCGCCUCACCCUGCAUCACCGACGGAAACAAAACCCUGCAGAACGGGAUUCUCUGCAAGUGAGAGCCCCUGCCUCCAGGAGCAGGGGAGGGGAGCCCCACUCUGUGGCCACGGCCGUAUCUGUUGCAUGCCUCGCCCCUGGGAGUUCCAGAGAGGGGACUCGGGAAGUCCACUCGCCAGUGGCUUGCCCGGCGUGAACGUCACGUGAGGAGGGGGACCCAAGGACCCGCCAGUGUGUGUCACAGCAGACCGUGAGCUCUGUCCGUCUUGGCUCCAGUCUUCUGAAUGCACCAUGCUGCGACAGUAUCUGCCGCCUUCCCCUGAGCCCUCCUGGCUGCUCCCCGCGGGGCCUGGACAGGGAAGGUCGCGGGCCCCACAACGUGCAGGGUGUUUCUCAGAAUGUCGUGACGAUGUUUGGUAACUUCACUCUACACUGUGAGCGGAGUGGAUGCCUGUGUGCUCGUCAUUUCUGUGUCACGGAGCACUUGUGUCUCUUAUGUCUGCCGUUGGUACGCAGCACCUGGGUAUGUCGGUGAGUGGCAGUGUGUGACACAGUUAAAUAUCCGUAAGUGCAAGUGUGUCCUGAUUGAACCACCAGGUGUAAGGAUGUGGCUGGAAACUCGGUGGACACGGCAGUCCCGGGCUCCUCAGACCGACGUGAAGUCUUGUGUUCAGCAGGCUUUGAAUGCCUGACUUCCCAGAGAGGGCUGGUUCCAGGAAGGUCUCAGAUGUGUGGGUCUGAAGGAUCCUGGGAGAUCGGGCGAUCUGGUGAUCUCUGGGAGCCGUGUCCCUGUUCCUCUGGGGCUCCUGUGUCCCUGCACAUCCAAACCCACGUUAACCAAAUUCCCUGAUUGUUUGGGGUUCCUACAGAUCACAGAAGAGCCAGGGGCUUCCAGGAGCCCAUCCCCAGACCAACCAAGAAAGGGAC